UGAUAAACGAGCGAUGAAGUGAUUUCCUGGUAUCUACUUGUAUCUAUCUGUCUGCAAUUGAAACCGAAAGAAGAGACAGCGCUCAUCGAUUCCGAUGAAUAAUACUGGCGCAAGUCUAAUUCUAACGGCUCAUGUUUUGCCCGUCGUAACUAUGACUACAACUUGCUAAGCUAGAGAGAAGUAUCGUGUCGGAGGCGUAGGAUUGUAUGCAAGCUCUCGACACAAGUGUGCGAAUUCACGUUUUAGUGAUAAUCCCGGCGACGUUAGAGACAAUCCCGGCGAAAUGAAUGAUAAGGAUGACAGCGCUUGGGUGUUCGACUCCUUGAUUGGAUUUUUGCAAGGCCCCAUUUGGUCCUCGCCCCUGCUGACCUUCAUCGAGGAAAAGUCCCUCGUUUUCGAGGCCAAUACCGAAGACUGCGAAGAGUAUCGGAAAAUAUAUCAGGAGUACAAGAACUUGGUUGACUUGCUGCUCGGUUGCUUUAUGGAAGAUAUGAGUAUCACGCCGGAACAAUUCGAACACGCGUGCACCGUUAACAGAGAUACAAAGAUCCCAAUACAUUUUCAACAAAAUCUAUUCGAACAAAUAUGGGCGGCGAAUGAGUACGAGAUAUUCAAAAGGAUGAUGAUACAAAAGAACUUGGAGCUCCAGCUGCAGGCGCUAAAUAUGAUCGAACAAAAAUACGGUCUCACACCUGCCUCCCUCGUGUACGAGACGGAUGGCUUCCUUGACGACGAACUGGUCAUGGAGGACUUGAUACAGAAACGUGUUCUAGAAGAUCAGAGCGAGGAGGAGUCAGGUAUAUCCUCGGAAACAACAUUGAUCGCUGAACACGAGCGUCUAGCUGCCGAAUAUCACAAUGAAAGGGCGUUAUUAGAGGAAGCAUUAAGAAAGUCGCAAGAAGGAUCCAGAAAUACUUCGGAGGACGAGUCAACGGAAGAUGUUGAAUGUGCCACCGUAUCGGUUGAUAAAAAGUCGUUAGACAAUCUUCACCUCAGGAAGACCGAGCCUCUCAAACCGAUACCGGCUUCGAAAAAGAAAUCUGAUGAGGAUGAGAUGAAUGCAGAAGAUAUUAAAAAGAGGCAAGAAUAUCUGAAAGCCAGGCGAGAUAAACUUGUAGCUUUGAAAAAGGAAGCUAGAAGCCAACAGUUAGAAAUGAACAAAACUCGGCCGAGCUCGGCCAGAGUAGUCGCCGAAGCGACUAUGAAAGGACAGCAAGAAUUAGAAGCAGCGCAAGCUAUAGAUCCUUCAAUACUUCAAGUACGAAGGGCUCUUGCCGCCCGACUGAAAGCUGAAGUUGUACAUAAGUAAUUUUUAAUCCACAUUAAUAUAUAUAUA